AUGUGCACUUCGUUGCAGUUACCCGUACUGCAGGCUGUCCCCGUGUUAGAAGCACUCUACACCGUCACCUUGCUCUGUGCACCAAUUCUGGAUCAUGCUCAGUACUGGACGUUUCCCAUGGCUCACGCGACGGGAUUGGAAAAAGAAGAUUCCGGAUUGUGCGGACCACCCGGAGGCUCAGAACAGUUCUGA